AUGUCCGUCAGUGUCCACGAGAACCGUAAAUCCCGGACUAGCACCGGCUCCAUGAACAUCCUGCUUUUCCACAAAGCUUCCCACCCAGACUGCGUCUUGUCCCAUCUGAACACCCUGCGGAAGCACUGCAUGUUCACUGAUGUCACCCUUUGGGCAGGGAACAGGUCCUUCCCAUGUCAUCGGGCAGUGCUGGCUGCCUCCAGCAGGUACUUCGAAGCCAUGUUUAGCAACGGCCUCCGGGAGAGCCUGGAUGAUGAGGUGAACUUCCAUGACAGCCUCCACCCAGAGGUGCUGGAGCUGCUGCUGGACUUUGCUUAUUCCUCUCGCAUCAUCAUCAAUGAGGAGAAUGCCGAUUCCCUCCUGGAGGCUGGAGACAUGCUGCAGUUCCACGACGUCCGGGACGCAGCGGCUGAGUUCCUGGAGAAGAACCUCUACCCUUCCAACUGCCUGGGUAUGAUGUUGCUCUCGGAUGCCCACCAGUGCCGACGGCUCUACGAGCUCUCCUGGAGGAUGUGCCUGGUCAACUUUGAGACUGUCCACAAGAGCGAAGACUUCAACAACCUUUCCAAGGACACCCUGCUGGACCUCAUCUCCAGUGACGAGCUGGAAAUUGAGGAUGAAGAAAAGGUCUUUAAGGCUGUUAUCCAGUGGGUGAAGUACGAUCUGGAUGAGAGGAAGGCUUAUCUCCCAGAUCUUCUGAGGAACGUUCGUUUGGCCUUGCUUCCUUCUGAAUGCCUUAAGGAAGCCUUGGCUUGUGAGGACUUGAUCAUGGUGGAUGAAAGGAACAAGCUUGUCUUGGAUGAAGCUAUUCAGUGCAAGAAGAAGAUCCUCCAGAAUGAUGGGGUGGUCACCAGUCCCUGUGCCAGGCCUCGCAAAGCUGGGCACACUUUGCUGAUCCUGGGAGGACAGACUUUCAUGUGUGAUAAGAUCUACCAAGUGGAUCACAAAGCAAAGGAAAUUAUCCCCAAAGCUGACCUGCCCAGUCCACGGAAGGAGUUUAGUGCCUGUGCCAUCGGCUGCAAAGUUUAUAUCACUGGAGGCAGGGGCUCAGAGAACGGGGUCUCGAAAGACGUGUGGGUGUACGACACUGUUCACGAGGAAUGGUCAAAAGCUGCCCCAAUGUUAAUAGCUCGGUUUGGGCAUGGCUCGGCUGAAUUGGAAAACUGCCUGUAUGUGGUUGGUGGACACACUGCAGUGGCCGGAGUCUUCCCUGCCUCUCCUUCUGUUUCCUUGAAGCAAGUAGAGAAGUACGAUCCCAUAUCCAACAAAUGGACGAUGGUGGCUCCUUUGAGAGAUGGAGUGAGCAACGCUGCGGUGGUGAGCGCCAGGCUGAAGCUGUUUGUCUUUGGUGGGACCAGCAUUCACCGGGACAUGGUGUCCAAGGUCCAGUGCUAUGAUCCAGCCGAGAAUCGGUGGAUGAUCAAAGCCGAAUGCCCACAGCCCUGGCGCUACACGGCAGCUGCUGUGCUGGGCAGCCAGAUCUUCAUCAUGGGGGGAGACACCGAGUUCACGGCAGCAUCCGCUUACCGCUUUGACUGCGAAACGGACCAGUGGACACGCAUUGGGGACAUGACGGCCAAGCGCAUGUCGUGCCACGCCUUGGCCUCAGGGAACAAGCUCUACGUGGUGGGGGGUUACUUUGGGACUCAGAGGUGCAAAACGCUGGACUGCUAUGACCCGAUGUCAGACACGUGGAACUGUAUCACAACAGUGCCUUACUCGCUCAUCCCCACAGCUUUUGUCAGCACCUGGAAGCACUUGCCAUCAUGAUGAGGGGCAGGGCUCAGGGGCUUGUGUCCAGGAGGACAAUAAGGUGCCAGAGUCACAUCCACGUCCCCUGUCUUGCUCCUGGAGCCAACACAGCGACUGAGUCCCCU